AUAAAUAAAAAGAGAGACAGACCCCACACGGCACCAUCUCCAGCCCUAACUCCAAUCAGACCUUUUCUCCUCUCUCUCUCUGAGUAUUCCAUGAAACGCGUCGGAAAAUGGGAAAAUACAUAAAGAAGAACAAACUCGACGGAGAAGCUCUAUCCUUGAUGGACGUCUCUCCUUCUCCUUCUCCACUCGGCGUUCUCACCCGAGCCAAGUCCUUAGCUCUCCAACGCCGCCUCCAAAAACCCCCCUCUUCCCCUUCUCCCAACCCUCCGCCGUCGAAACAGAAGAUGACUGAUUGUUCCGGCGGCUCGUAUCUCCAGCUGCGGAGCCGCCGGCUCCAGAAGAAGCCUCCGAUUGUCGUGAUUCGCUCAAGUAAACGGAGAAAGCAACAGCAGCAGCGGAGGGAGGAAGAGGGUCGAAACCCUAACCCUAAUCCCCAAAAUUCGAUUCGUGGGUCCGGUGGUGAUGGGUCGUCGAGGUCGGAUUCGGUUGCGGAGAGUGUCGUGUUUGGUAAAGAGAAGGACUUUAACGGUGGAAUCAACAAGGAGCUCGAUGGCAGUGAAAGCUUCAACAGGACCACAAGUAGGGAAUCCACACCAUGCAGUUUGAUACAAAAGCCAGAAUCCAUCCCAAGUCCUGGAUCAUCUACGAAGCUUAGCAACAGUAUUAGUGACAACAGCAACAAAAGAGAAGAGAGCUUUUCAGGGAGCCAUCGUCACCUACCAACUACACCUGAAAUGGACGAGUUUUUCUCUGGUGCUGAAGAAGAACAACAAAAGCAAUUCAUUGAGAAGUACAACUUUGAUCCUGUGAACGAACAACCACUACCGGGACGGUUUGAAUGGAAGAAGGUAGAUGAUUAGAAAACAACGAAAAGGGGUGGGGGUGGUUAAUAGUUAAUAACAGACUAUUAUUAACAUUAUUCCUGCUAAUUAUCGGUUUGAUCUUUUAUUAUCCAUCAUCCGUUUUCUUUAACUUUCCCAACAUGUAAAGGAAACUUAGGACUAAAAACCCAUUGUAGCGUUGGUGUCUGUAAACAUAAGUGUCUGAAAAGGGUUUGUGUAACACAUAACUGAUACCAAUCCUUUUCAGUUCUAAACAGAUCACCUUACUAUUAGUAGUAUUACUAAACUAUAAGAGAAAAGUCUGUAAGGGUUUAGGGGUUUAGAGUUCUUUUGGUUAAUGGUUUAGUGGAAGUCUUGUUAUAACUGUGUCCUGUAACCAUAAUAAAAAUCUAUCUAUUUAUGUUUAUACAUGUACUGAUCUCAAAAACACUUUCAAUAAAGACUUAUCCUUCUCUGGCUUCA